UCCUCAGCGCUCUUAUAUUUGACGUUGUUGGAUGUCUAAGGCAACACACUGAGAAAACAGACAGCAUGAUGGAUGUCUGCGGAUAUUUGAUCGCGUAUUACUUCUUGGCGUUCACCUUUUUCAAAGUGGCAGCCUGUUCUGAGGUGUCCAUUAUUGGAGGGAAAGCUGUGAAAAAACUUCAACCAUGGAUGGUGUCCAUUCAGAAGGACCAGAAGCAUGUGUGUGGAGGAAUCCUGAUUAAAGACCAGUGGGUUUUAACCGCAGCAUAUUGUCAAGAAAAACCCGAGAAAUCUGUGACAGUUCUCACAGGAUCUCUGUCUCUGAGUAAAGGCACUCAGCGUGUUGGCAUCCUCGGUUACAAGUACCCCAAUACAUACAAUGCAAGAACUAAACAAGAUGAUAUCAUGCUUAUUAAGCUAAACAAAAAAGUGAAAGCAAAACCCAAAAAACUCCCUUAAAAGGUAAAAGAUGUUCCAACCGGAACAACUUGUGUUGUGACGGGAUGGGGAACUACUGAUUCUAACAGCCAGGAACCUUCUGAUAAACUGCAAAUGUUAGAGGUGUCAGUGAUGCACAGAGACCGGUGCAACCUCUACUACAAGGGAAAUCCUGUGAUCACCAAAGACAUGCUGUGCGCAGGAGGCAAGCAAGAAAAGACAGGCACCUGUUGGGGAGAUUCCGGUGGACCUCUGGAAUGUAAGAAAAGCAUAGUUGGAGUGGUAUCGGGGUCGAAAGAAUGUGGUAAUCCCAGGAAACCAACUGUGUACACCUUUCUCUCCGAAAGACACAUCCGCUGGAUCAACAGCAUUCUGAAAAAGCAAUUCAACAGCACAUCCUUUUAAGAAGCUAAACAUUUCCUGCAUGUAGACUGUUGAUUGGUUCAGAUUGAUGUAACUAAAAAAAAACCAAAAAAACCUUAUAUUUACAACCAAAUACUUAUUAUUUUUAAACAAGUAAAAUUGAGCAAUUUAUUCAAUUGAUUCAAUAUUGUAUUCAUACAAAUUCAGUUAAGAACACUUUUCCAGUAUGCUUUAUUUUUGAUGGACACACUCAUACUUUGGAUAACCAAAGACUGGAAGAUGACCUGCAUUGACUGGGGAACAUUUUCAAAACUAUGUUGAUGGAAAAAAAAAGUGGAUGAGUGAAUUGGUUAUUUAAUUAGUAAUGCUUUCUUUGUUUGUCUUCCGUUACAUUGAGCACAUUAUACAUUAACACGAAAUCACAUCAGGUAAACUCCUACUGGCUUUUAUAAUAUUCUUUGUAUGCAAACACAAUCAAACACUUCCUUGAAAAAAUUAAGUGUAGAAAAAAAACAAGCAGAGACCUCCUGGUGAGAACAUUAAUCAAACCCCAUACAGAGGACAGAACAGCAGACUGGGCUCAAAAGUGCAUCUGAAAAUAUGUGCAACGGAGAUGAUCUAUAGAUGAUUAGCUUAGUGUUGUAAAUACAGGACAAACUGUUUGUUUUUGGGGAUAAACAUGAUGGGAAAAUGGGAUUCAAUGAGUAAUAGGCCUAUAUAAUACAUGUAUAAUAACAUUUUAUGUAACAUUACUGUAAAAUGUACAAUUAAAGGUACAUUCCAUGUCAUUCUGAAAUUAAUAAACAUAAAUUUGCAUUCCA